AUGGCGCUCAAAUCCGGUGUAUUCGCUUGCCUCAUCCUUGCAUUGUGCGUGAGCUGCACCGUCAUGGCACAGCGCAUCGGCAAGGACAUCGUGACUAUGAAAUCAGAGCCAGACCAAAACACGCUGAACGUCCAGAUUGAGAAGCUGCAAGUAUGGAAUUUCAGCAAGUAUGCCAAGUGCGCAGUGCGACAAAGACCUGCGCGCAUGGGAGGGCUCCCAAUCUCAGAGGAGCAGUAUGUGGUGCUUGCAGAGCGGGCUCUGAAGAUUUGGUACGCUGUGAUUUUGGCGCACCCCAUGAAAAACUCGAAUUAUUCUCCCAGUGAAGAGCUGGACCUUGUGUGGCAUUGCCAUAUUUUGGACAUGCGCAACUACGCCGACUUCCAGCAACAGCUGGGGACAGAAAUUGGGCAUGUGCCAGAUGAGGAAACAAACGAUCUGGCACAGUGUGGCAUGCGCGUGAAAGGCUUCCUGGAAGAGAAGGAGGAAGGGCCCUUGGAACGCUCAGGCCAUUCCUGGUUCCACGCGAGGACCCUGGCCCCGGAGGAAAUCUCCGGCACGUCGGAAGAGAAGAUCUCAGGUUCCGCCAGCUCUGCGGUGGCCGAGACCCAGGUGAGCUGCCGGCCCAGCAUUUGCUCCGUGACUUUGUGUAGACGUUGGUUUUCUUGCUUCCCUUCGGAGAGCCAUGGCUACGAAGAGCCCGCCUUGGAGGUGUCAAAAGUGUAUGAAGAUUCUCAAAGGCAUCGCGGACGAGGACGUGGACAACAUCGAGAUCAUCCAGAAACGCAAGGCCUGACACCUGUGGCAACUUUGCCUCCACCUCCGCCGAUUCCCAUCAAAGGAGAUGGAAAGGGCUAUGGAAAUGCAGUUGGGCAGUAUGGGCAGGGCAUUUUGUCGCCUCCUCCUGCACCUGCAACCUUGGUUGCCCAGAUGCCAUCCUCGCUUUCGAAUCAAGCAGUUGGACACCCGGAUGUGACUCGGGUACAUCAUGCUGGUGGAGAAACGGCCAUGUAUGCGCCAACUCCUGCCCAACCUUCGGAAGCCGAAGUUCGCUUGCAAUCUCUUCUCAAAGAAUUGCGUCAGGCACCGGAAGAGUCGUUGACGCCAGGAUUGCAAGCAGAGAUGCAAAAGAAUGCAAGACGCGACGACAAGAUCAUGAACAAGGGCCUGGAGACUGCAGUCAAGGAGUUGGGACAUGCUCGACGUGCACUUUCCAAUGUUCUUGCGUACCGCACCAAGUUGGUAUCCGACUGGCGAGUCUUCCUCCAGCAGAGUGUCAUCACAUGGAGAGAGUACACAUCCAUGUUUCAAGCUCAAGAACAAGCGCUCCAAGAGAAGCUGACUCAGGCAAACGAAGCUUUGUCGACAGCCAAGCGCAACUUCCACGAGCAAUCACAGUUCCUCAAGGAGGAAGAGAUACAGGAGAUUACUGGGGAGGAGCGAGACACACCUGGAGCAGACGCAGACAUGCAGUUCGAAGCCACGAAGCGUAUCCAUGCGGGCUUGACAGAAGUGGUAGACAACUUGCAAGGUCUGGCCGAGAAAGCAGAGAUCGAAGAGCAGCAAGCCAAAAGACAGAAAAAGAAGGCCGAAGAGGAAGUUGUGGCGGCAGAUGGGGACGCUGCUUCCUUUCCCUCUAUGCAGCCUUUUGGCCGGCCCGGCAAUCAGUGA